CCGCAGGCCGUCCGUCUGCCACUCGGCCAAGUGAAGUAUGGCGAAGAAACGGAAAGGACGAGUUGUCAUCGAGUCUGAUAGUGAGGACAGUGGGAGCGAUGAGAACCUAGACCAGGAACUACUAUCCCUUGCAAAAAGGAAACGUAGUGAUUCAGAGGAGAAGGAGCAACCUGUGAGUAAGCCAGCAGCGUCAUCUGAUUCCGAAACAUCAGACAGCGACGAUGAGUGGACUGUUGGUGGCAAUAAAAAUAAAAAGAAGGGAAAAGUCGGGAAAGGUGUUGAGAAGAAGGGAGCCACAAAAAAAGCUGGGAAAACUGCAUCUUCUGGUAGUUCAGAUAAAGACAGCUCAGCAGAAAGCUCAGCCCCUGAGGAAGGUGAGGUGUCUGACUCUGACAGCAAUAGCUCUUCUUCUAGCUCAGACUCUGAGUCUUCUUCAGGAGAGGAGGAAUUCCAUGAUGGAUAUGGUGAAGACUUCAUGGGAGAUGAGGAAGACAGAGCAAGGUUAGAACAGAUGACAGAGAAAGAAAGAGAGCAAGAACUCUUCAACAGAAUAGAGAAGCGAGAAGUUUUAAAAAGGAGGUUUGAGAUAAAGAAGAAACUAAAAACAGCAAAGAGGAAAGAAAAAAAGGAAAAAAAAAAAAAACACGAGGAAGAACAGGAGAAGAAAAAGCUUUCUCAAAUACAGGAAUCUCAGGUAACUUCUCAUAGCAAAGAGAGGCGGUCGAAACGGGAUGAAAAGUUGGAUAAAAAGUCUCUGGCAAUGGAAGAGCUUAAAGCUGAAAGAGAAAAAAAGAAAAACAAAACAGCUGAGUUACUGGCUAAGAAGCAGCCUCUAAAGGCUAGUGAAGUCUACUCUGAUGAUGAAGAGGAAGAGGAGGAAGAGGAGGAGGAAGAGGAGAAGGCCAGUGUAAAAAGUGCUCGAUCUUCCAAGUUGUCUUCCUCAUCAUCCUCUUCUGAUGAUGAUGACGAUGAUGAUGAUGAAGAGGAGGAGGAUGGAAAAGAAGAUGUUCCUCCCAAGUCACAGCCAGUUACAUUGCCUGAAGAACUGAACCGGAUCAGACUGUCUCGACAUAAAUUAGAACGGUGGUGUCACAUGCCUUUUUUCGCAAGGACUGUUACAGGCUGCUAUGUACGAAUUGGUAUAGGGAACAACAAUACUAAGCCAGUGUAUAGGGCUGCUGAAAUUAUGGGUGUUGUAGAGACUGCCAAGAUUUACCAGCUGGGAGGUACAAGGACAAACAAAGGGUUACAGUUAAGACAUGGCAGUGAUCAACGAGUGUUUCGAUUGGAAUUUGUCUCUAACCAGGAAUUUACUGAAAGUGAGUUCAUGAAAUGGAAGGAGGCGAUGUAUGCUGCUGGAAUGCAACUUCCAAAUCUGGAUGAAAUUACAAAAAAAGAGCACACCAUUAAAGAAGCACUGAACUACAAGUUCAAUGAACAAGACAUAGAAGAGAUCAUAAGGGAGAAAGAAAGGUUUAGAAAAGCACCUUCUAACUACGCCAUGAAGAAAACGCAGCUUAUGAAAGAGAAGGCCAUGGCAGAAGAAUCUGGGGAUCCAGAAAAAGCAGAAAAGAUUCAGGAUCAGCUGAAUGAGCUAGAAGAACGAGCAGAGGCUCUAGACAGGCAACGUACAAAAAAUAUUUCUGCUAUCAGUUACAUAAAUCAGAGGAAUCGAACAUGGAAUAUCCAAGAGUCUGAGAAGGUUCUUUUGGCUGAAUCUGCAAGCACAAAACAGCAACAGAUGGAUCCCUUCACGAGAAGACAGUGCAAGCCUACUAUGGUCUCUAACUCCAGAGAUCCAGCUGUCCAAGCUGCCAUUAUAGCGCAGUUGAACGCGAAGUACGGUGGUAACCCACUACUUGACCAACCACAGAACAAGGGGAAGUUGGGGCAGGGCAGCAGAGACAAAGAUGGCAACUUGAAAUCAGAUGGCGAUCUGUCACAAGAUCUGUUCAAAGUUCACGACUUUGAAGUCAAGAUAGAUUUGCAGGUUCCCAGCUCAGAAACCAAAUCGUUGACGGUCUCUUCCAAGACUACACCUGCCAAAGAUGGCACUCCUCGGAGAUCUUUGAACCUGGAAGACUACAAGAAAAGACGAGGACUUAUAUGAGCACACCCUAUGUACGAGUUUUAAACCCUGCAUGCACCACUCCCUGGGCUGAAGUGGCAGCUGAGCUGGAAGGACUCAAAAUGCCUGCCUGUUUGUAAAUAAAAAAAAAAUGGUAACUGGUUACUGCAUAGAGCAUUCCUGUUCUAUCCAGAACAUGGACUGUUUUCCUGUCCUUUUUUAAAAGUACACUUUAGUCCGUUCAUUGUGUGACUCAUCAGUAUUGAGGUACAAUUGGAACCACUACCGGGUAAAGUUUGAAUUUUGACUAUUCUACAUUGUGCAUCAUAGAACUUUGACAUUAGGCCAUUCCCCUAGUUACAGUGCAGGACUGAAUAUCAUCUCAUUGGAUUCAUUUUAAAUGUAUUUGCAUUCUGGAAACAGGUGAUUUAAAACAAAAGAAAAAAAUGUUUCUUUACACCAAAAUUAUGUAUAUAAAACCUUCUCUGUCUCAUAGUUACCUUUUUAAGCAUUGUGCACCCGGUCGCAGUGUAAUAUGUAUGUUACUUUGAUUAAAAAUCUUAACUUCUCCAGAAGGUAA